ACCCGGAUGCGACUGAGGACGCGGCACCACCGGAUUCCGAGAUGCUUGAUGCACCAUUAGUUGCAGAGAAGAUCACGGAAGAAGCAGCUCCUUCACAAUCGAAAGAAACUGCGACCGAGGUGGCUGUUCCAGCAGCUUCUGUUGCGCCAGCGGAUCCGACAGCUGUGCAGAUGUCUCCACCAACGGUAACAGCAACGCCUGCUGCACCGUCAAACGCAACAACCACUCCGGCACCUCCAGCACCGGCCACUCCAACAGCGCAAGCACCACAGCAACCAGGUGUGCAAGCUACAAUACCUCCUCCCCCGACCCCGACUUUGGUACCUCAGGUACCCACUGUUCCAACACUACAAUCUCAGAUGCCACCACCUGCGACGCCGGCACCAGCAACACCUGCGGUAGCAACACCCACACCUGGUGGCACCCCAGCACCACAAGUGCAACCACCAACAACCACCCCAACCCCCGCCCCAGCAGCACCACAUCCUGCUCACCCACCACAAGCAAUGUGGGCACCACCAGGCACACCCGGAGCUCCGCCCAUGCAAUACUCCGGUUGGCCACCAAUUCCACCAUGUCCCCCCGGCGUUGAUCCCCGACAACAUCACGCAUACUACGUUCAUUACUACUCCUACGCAUAUCCAUAUCACUACCCGUACCACUACCCACCACCACAACAAGCCGCCGCUGCCCCCGGACAGGUGCAAGGACCGCCUAAGGUUGCGGUUACGCCUCCACCACCGGCGAUUGACGAAGAAGCGGAACGAGCGAAGAAGAAGAGAGAGGAAAGACACGAUUCAACACGAACCUUAAUCCAACUCCUCGACUUCCCCGACUCAAACCCCGACGCAGCCUCCAUCCUCCUUUCCAAGUCCUCCACCUCACCCCCACCAUAUCCCACGAAAAAGAUGUGUCCAAUCACGGGUCUUGACGCACGGUAUGUCGAUCCGAGUACGGGGGUGCCUUAUCGGGACGUUGCGGCGUAUAGGGUGUUGCAGGCGGUGAAGGAGGGGAGGGGAGGGUGGUGCAAGGGGAUUGGGGCGUUUACUGGAGGCGGGAGGGUCGCGGGGGGGGUUCCGGAGGGGUUUGAGUAGCUCUAUAUUCAGGAAAUCGAAGCAUUCAAUAGGCAUCUACAACAUAUUUCAUAUUAUGAAAGCUCC